GGAGUUUUCGGGCUGGAAAUAAUCGUAAAUCGUCGAUCGUGAUUUGUGAUUUAUUAUUGGUAAAUUUCGAAUCCAGCAAAGUUUCUGUAACCUACCAUGAACCGUGGCCUUGCCUAUUCCUUGAAUCAGCUUUAACACACCAUCGCUAUCGUCGCAUUGCCCACCGACUGGAAGUUGGUAUUAAAACCCUUAACUAUCUCGAAUCGUUCGGGAUUCGCCCGAGUUUUUACCACGAUCAUUUUCCGUCCACCUCCCGAGAGACAAAUAAAUAAAUUGUGCCGCCUCCGCGGUAGAAAGCGUAGGGCGGGCAGAUGCGUGGGUGGACUACGGGUGUUUCGCGGGUGCCGACUCGUUGUCGAACUGUCAUUUACCAAAAUUUUACACUAGAGUGUUUCUUUCGCGAUAACCUCUUGGGUGAUCUCUCGGUUGAAAGUAUUUGUGGUCGAAAAACUCCCAGCCAAGUUAACAGUGGAGACGAAAGUGAGUGGAGGAAUACCACAACUACUCGAGAAUAAUAAGACACAGCGAGGAUCAGCAAGGUAUCGUUAUGGAUGGUUGAGGUGGCAGGAUGAUAGGUAGCGGUGGCGAGUCAGGAUGCGGGAGGAGCAAGCGGAAUGUCAGGCCCGGGUCACGGGUCACGUGAGGGUUGGAGCAGAGAUGUGCUCUCACGACCCUACCACCCUCCACCCAACCCUUGCCAAGGCAAAUGGGAAGAACUCCUGUCCCCAGCAAAAUCGUCGGGGGCAUGUACAUUUGGAGAAUCGUCUUCUACCAGCUCCUGGGGGGCGACUCAAAUUCUUCAAGGAUGGAAAAUUCAUUCUUGAACUAUCCCACAGAAGAGACGGCGAGCGUACCACAUGGUUUCCUGUACCAAAAAAGACAUUCUGGCCUCCGGCUGGCACAACACCGAAUCGCCACGAAAGCUCGACCUCCCUCAGCGUAUCCGAUGACAAUUCCUCGGUACAGUCGAGUCCUUGGCAGCGUGACCAUUGUUGGAAACAAGCACUUCCUAGGCGUGGUAUUUCUUCCCAGCUCAGUUUUUACUACCGCCGAGAUCCUAGAAAUCGUUUAUCUGCCCAUCCCCGCCUGAUAGCCAGGAAAAGAAGAAAGCCCCUAGACCCGAUACCAUUGCAGCUAGAUGCCACCGACUCUUCCAUGGUCGGUGUAUCCCGAGUCACGCGUAGGAAUAAUGUUGCUACGCCUGGUCAAAUAUUGGGUGUUGUUAUCGACAAGCUGGCCCGGCUCUUGGACCCAAAUGUUGUUUCACCUCGCAAACGAAUAUUACGAGAACUGGAGCGUGUAACUCUAGGGGACCAGGCAUCCAAGAGACGAGCAACACCUCAGUUUCCCACUACCGUGGCUCACCCACCUUCUCCCAAGCAACUCUCGUCCUACAGCAUAACCAGUAUCUUGGGGGAGGAAAAACCCAGUGCCGAACCUGGCUUCUUACGAACCUUGCUCAGGCCUGAGGACAGGCAAACCUCUUUUAAGUAUUCUUUGAGCCAAGUUUAUCCCAGGACGAACGUAGACACUUAUGUAGCACCUGGAGGGGUACAGAUCAAUCACCCUGCCUAUGGUGUUUCAAUGCUGCCACCAGGACCGUACAGAGCUCCUUUGUGGAUGCAUUAUCCACCGCCCGUCCACUACCCUCCACCUAUACCUCUUUUCGCCCCAUCCCCAACCCAUCCACCAUCCCCAACAGUUCAGCACUACAAAGACUACAGGGAGGAAACACUAACACCCCCUUCAGAUAUGCCGCUGAACCUUUCGAAGCACGCGGGAUGAAUCUCGGACAUUGUCAUAAGCUGGUGCCUUAAUUACGAAUGGAACUGUACUAACACUGCCCGCGCAGGAACGACGCGCCUCACUAGUAUUCUUAAAUUUUUUAUCCUCAUUCUGCAUAUACAAAAAAAGAGCAACAUAGUGGUCGGAUAGCAGUCUAGUAACUGUUUAUACACAAUUCUCAGCUGGUGUAUUUGUAAAUACGAUCGGCGACAACCAUCGCCGUAUUUGGUACAGGUAUUUCGCAAAUUUAUCGCAUAAUUGUGUGAUUAUUAUACAUACUAUAAUAUUCACAACUGCAACAGGAACUGAACGAAGGGAUCUGUAUGAAUGUUAAAGCUCUUUGUGCCGCUGUAACAGAACAUGAGAGUCUUCUCUUGUUAUUUCCCCUCGUUAACGAUCCGCGUUGAUAGUCAGCUAAGAUUGAACAUUUAUCAAUCGUAUGCUCUAUGAUUACUGUACUACAAAGUACCGACAUUUGUUAAUUUAUGAUCGGGCGAUACUUCGAGCAAUCCCUUUGUAAUAAGCAUAGUCUGGCGGAUACAUAUUUUGGUAUGUAUGAGAAAUACUCUGAAAAUUUCGUUUAUUCGGGAAUCAUGAACAAAAUCACAUAAACGUUUCGGCACCUACUCUAAUCAACUUCUUAUUUUAAAAGAAGUCGAGGGGAAAAUUGGAACUUGGCUCAAAUUUUACUUUCUACUAUCGGAGAAAUAGGUUGUAAUCGUUAAAGGGCUGUCGACGUUUCAUAAAUCUCAUAUUUUGUUACUAAUUUUUAUUCGUAUUAUUGUAAUUAUUAUUCUGAUUAUUAUCAUUAUCAUUAUUGUUGUUGUUGUUAUUAUCAUUAUCAUUAUUUUUAUUAUUAUGUCUAUUAUUAUAAUUAUUACAACUAUUAUUAUUAUUAUUAUUAUUAUUAUUAUUAUUAUUAUCAUUGAUGUCGUCUUCAUCGUCAUCAUCGUCAUUGUCAUCAUCAAUAUUAUUUCUAUGAUUACUACGAUUACUACUCUACCAAUGCUAUUACCGCUAUUACGAUUAUUAUUUUAUGAAUAUUAUUAGUAUUAUCAUCAUCGGUAUUCAUUAAAAUGUCAAUUUCUCCACUUUAUCCCUGUACCUAUUGCUAGUGGGGGAUGUAAAGAUCAUGAAAGAAAGACAUAAAUUGAUGUACAGAACAGAUAUUGUAGCCUAUGCCUAGGUAAUUAUUGUUAAAGGCAGCGCGAUUGAUGGAUCGAAAUUAAAAUUGGAGAGAGGCAUCAAUUGAUUGGUAAACUAUAAUGUAUUUAUACGAGGGUGGUAUCGAAGGAGGAGAAAAUACGAUAAAAUAUACAGCGAUGACUUGCGCGGAGUGUGCCUUAAAAACAUAGCCGUAUUAAACAUAAAAACAGGAAGAACAAAAAAUAACUACGCGUCAAGUAAUAAAAUAGAGCAAAAGUAUACAAAGACUUCGAGAAAACGAAUUUUGGGGUUCGUUACUAUUCUGCCUGUAGCUACCUACAACUAAAUUAAGCACACGUGCAGCUGCGCUUGCACAGGUAAUACUUUGAAUAACUUUACCUUGACUAUGGUCCAGUGUCGAUUGCAUCGCUUGCGUGUAUGGUCCUGCACUAUUAAGGACAGGUCCACUAUUUAUUGUCAAAGUGACGUUCUUACAUGCUGGGCGCAAAAAGAAAUUAGGAAUUAAUCCUGGGAAUAUUUUCCCAAACUCCAAUGUAUUUGUUAGAGUAAAUAAUUUUAUAAUCAUCACCACAGACAAUUUACGGAAAUUCAGAAGUAUGUAGGUAUAUAUCUAUAGAUGUGGGAGUAUAAGUAUGUACGUGCUGCGAGCAAUUGUAUAGAAAGACUAAUUUCGUAAAUAUUAAUAUUUCGUAUACUAUA